CUACAAGCAAUGCGGAAUGAAAAUGAAUGCAAAAUACGGAAGUAAAGUGAACCUAAUAUUGUACACGGCUUAGCAAGUUCCAACUUCAACUCGAUUAGGAAUUGGGAAAUGCUGUGGAUUUUCUCGCUAUUUUUUCGAGACUAGGAAUAUGAGAAAUGGAGCCAUUCUGAGGAUGAAGCUAAUCGCCAUGGGAGCAGCAUACGUGUAGCACGAACCGGGUCUGAAUUUGCAUUUUCAUGUAGUUUGUCCAAGUAAGAACAAGAGCCAAUUUGGAACGUACCCUGAAGAGCAUUGAUGGCGCAGUCUGGCAACGGUCCAUCAUCCGUGCAAGAGUGGCUUCAAUCACUCCAUCUCAACCAAUUUCUCAAUGACUUCCUCUUCUCUGGUUACACCGACCUGUCCAAGUGCUGUCACAUAACAGAGGCAGACCUUGUGCGGCUUGGAAUCACACAAGUUGGUUAUCAAAAGCGCAUCUUGAGCAGGCUGCCAAGCAAGGCAGAUCUCAUCGUCAUGGAGUUCUCUGGCCAGACCACCAAUACCAAUGGGACAGGUCCUGGACAGCCUGUGCCGUCGCCUCGCAAGGAGAAGAAAGCACCUGUUGUGAAAUCCCCAAGUAUUGAUAAAUCAGAGUACAUGGAGAUCACGCCCCAGACAAAUAUGUCAAGUCAUGGUGCUUCUGGCAACAGCAAACUUAUGAUGAAUGAUGCUUACAGGAGCAAAAGCGAUACUGAACUGCUAGGACCUAGGGCACAGAAGCCAGUUCCGAUGCCAAGAGGUAAACCGGGUACAGUCAGGAGAAAUGACCCUCCACCAUUGCCGGAGAGGGGAAAGCCUGUUCCUCAACCCAGAGGAGCUCCACCCAUACCACCUCAAGCACUUCCUCCAGGGCUUCCGCCAGCUCCUCCUCUUCCUCCUCCUCCUCAAGUAUCUUCCCUCCCUGUGAAUCAUAUUACCCCUGAUGGCACAAUUGAUAGUCAAACUGUACAUGAUACAAAGCACGCUAAUUCUAUGGAGGUUCCAACAGUCAGUACAAAUCCUUUUAGCACGAUAGAUGCCCCCGAGGAUAUAGACCAGUUUGAUCCCCUUGUAACCAACCCUUUUAACCCUUUUAAAAGCGGUAAUCUAGCCACUCAGGAGGUUCCCCAACCUUCUGUUGUGGCCUUGGAGCAAACUGUUGUGCAUGAUGGUCCUGAAGGCAAACCAGGACUUGAUCUUAGUACCAGGCCUGUUCCACCUCCACCAGUUCCAGUUGAGCCAUCCCACUCACCUGCAGACGAUCUACUUCACAGGCCAGUACCUCAACCCCCUGAAGUGACUUCCUUCAAGGGGGGAGACAAGGAUGCUCAGGAGGACCUCUCAUCACCACCACCUCUUCCUGGAAAGCAGAAGUCACGACAUCCUAGGCCAGUAUCGGAACCAAAUAAUUUGAAUGAGUUCCUUAAAACAAGAAAUCCUCCACCACCGCUUCCUUCCAGGACUGUGGAAGAGAGUCCUAACCAACUCCCUCCCCUUCCCCCUCGACCACUUCCUGUUCCUGAAGUUGCGCCACCCAUGCCUGAAAAAUCUCCCACGAUAUCGAUAUCUUCGAUAGCUGAUCUUGAAAUGUUAGAUAAAUGGAUGAAUGGAACUCCAGAAGAGAAUGCAAAUAUUGACAGCAAGGAUCUUAAUGAAAGCACUUCAGAUAAUAAUAGUAUUGUACAGUUAAAUACUAGCAGAGAUUGUGCGUCGCCAUCGAUAAAUUCCAGCAGAAAAAGUGACCACUCGAGCAGGAGCAGCCAAGAUGACACCCACAUGGCAUCAGCUACAAAUUGGCCUGAUUCCGAUCACAGUGAUAUACCAUCUACCCAUGUGUCACUGAAUCCCAGUAGUACCUUAUCAAGUGUUGCCUCAACAGACAGUGACAAGAUUAUCUCUAUCCUUGAUGAUUACAGUCGGUCUGGAAACAUGACCCCCAGUCAAGGAAUCCCAAGCACUGAUACAUCUUUGAACCAGGAAGACUCUACUGAGGAUCUCACAAACUUUAAUAUUGAUGGGGUUCCCUGGGAACAGGAGUCACGACCGCCUGCUCAGACCCACACUGUUCAGUGUCAUAGGAAUCCUCCUCCUGUUGGUGGUCCAUCAGAAGAUAUAUAUCUACCAUUCUGGGAAUGUUCCACUGGUCUUGCCCGACCACCAAGCACCGUUGAUGGGGACAUGCCUGAAUGUCCUCCACCACCGUUACCGAGCUUGGCAGCCCGUAAUCUACCACCAACACCGGUUGUCCAAGCCUUACCACAAAGCACCACUGAAAGGGAUGUGCCUGAAGGCCCCGCACCUCCAGUACGGACAUCAGCAGCCCGUCCUCUACCACCAACACCGGUUGUCCAAGCUUUACCACAAAGCAUCACUGAAAGGGACGUGCCUGAAGGCUCCCCACCACCAGUACCGACAUCAGCAGCCCGUCCUGUACCACCAGCACAGGCGGUACAAGGUAGACCAUUAAGUGCUCUUGAUGGGGACAUGCCUGAAUGCCCCCCUCCUCCAAUACCGGCCUCAACAGCCCGUCCUGUACCUUCUCUGCCAGAAACCAACAUUCCUGAUGCUCCCCUGAGCGCUCCUCCUCCUAUACCCCAUCGGACGGCUCCUCCAAUCCCUCCUGGCAGGAUGGACUCUCUGAGGAUGGAUAAGCCUCCCCAUUCCACAGAAGGCAUCCUCAAGCAGCUUGGACAUGACCAUAUGCAAGAGGCCGAAGAUGGCUACGACUUCCUGGAACUUCCAACUUCAUCAUCUCCAAGCUCUUUGCCAGAAGAGGAUGAUAUAAUCAUGAUUGACUUCCAAGAAGAUGACAUUGAUACUGAUGAGGAAGACAGCUUCCAUAUUACCAUUCCAGACGGAGCAAGAUCAAUUGACUCGGGUAUAUCGUCCACCGGAGCUGCGGAUGAUUCCUUUGAUAGGAAGAGUUCCUACUAUGCAAGUAUACGCCAGUCGGCCAGACCCUACCAACGGAAGGUCCCUGAGGAGGCUAGAAGGAGGCUGUCUUUGAGGUUAUCAACAAGGGGUCCCAUUCCGGUUUGUGGCUGCAAUGUCAGUUAUGAUGACAUCCUGAUGGUGAAGCUUGAGAAAAGUGGCUAUUUAUGGAAAUGUGGUACUGGGAGACAAGGAAAGGGAGGAUUCCGUAAGAGAUGGUUUGUCUUCAACGGGAAGGAGUUACGCUACUAUGAGAAUGAGAGAACGAUGACGACCUGUAAAGGAAUAAUCCCUGUUGGAACCAUGCUGAAUGUGAAACACGUCUACAAGUCAAAUAUCUUGGACAAGAAGAGCCGGAUUGAACUGGACACCAACGCGAGGACUUACUACUUAGCUACUGAUAAUGGCGAUGAAGGUACAAUAUGGGCCAACAUUUUGAUGCAAGCAAUCUUGGGAUUUCAGUCUACCAACAACAAUAGCUAUCAUGGUGCCGUGCCUCCUCCUGGCGGCUUUCCAAAGGGUGGGGACAUGAGCUGUCCUGAUAAACAAGGAUAUCUCAAAAUGGAAGGAUGCAAUCAAAAAAGAUACCUGGCCAUUAAAGGAGAGAUGCUGUGUUUUUAUACAACAGAAAGGGAUUUUGAGGCUGCUGUGCCGAUCUCCGAUAUUCAGAUGAUGUUAGCUAAUGGUAGAGUGAAUCCACAGAAACCAGAUAGGGUCGUUCUAACCACGCCCAGUACAACAUACCAUUUCACUGCAGAAUCACCAGAAGAAGCUAAGGAAUGGGUCAAUGCCAUGAUGAAUGCUGUUUCUGAAGGACUUUCCGACAAACUGUAUCUUCACAAAGCCUGGGAAAACGAGGCCAACAAAUACUGUGCUGACUGUAGUAUGCCAGAUCCUGAUUGGUGUUCACUGAACUUUGGAAUAGUGGUGUGCAAGAACUGCGCUGGCAUUCAUCGUGACCUCGGAGUGCAUGUGUCAAAGGUCAGAUCUCUCAAGAUGGAUGUCAAAGCCUUCACGGACUCUGCCCUGGAGGUGUUCCUUGUCAUUGGUAACAAGAUGAGUAACAACUUUUGGGAGGAGAAGCUGGAGAAGGAGCUGGACCCUAACGAUGGUGUCAAACCCAUGCCAGAUGAUAGCAUAGAGCAGCGGAAGUUGUUUAUAGAGAAGAAGUACAGAGACAGACAGUUCUGUGAGCAGAUUCUAUGGGAGAAAGAGAUACUCGAUAAGGAGCUCCUGAAGGCUGUGGAGAGUGGAGCAUUGAGGGAUUGCGCGAGGUUUAUCUUCUCUGGUGCCAAUGUUGAUGCUGUAAAUAAAGAUGGAAAAUCAGCAAAAGAGAUAUGCUAUGGACACGAGAACUCACUAGUUAUCAAAGAGCUUCUAGAGCAAAAUAAGCACUACUCACAGCACCAGCAAGAACUGAUGACCCAGGCUGCAUACGCCACGUUAGACUCUGAUAUUCCAGCACCACAACAACAACCACAACAGCAACCGGCUUCACGGGAUUCUCCUGUCCCCUUACCCUCACCCAGGAGACAGCCCAUUGACCCAGCAAGCAGCGAUGUGUCCCCCAAAUUGCCGGCGAGGAAGGCACCCCCGCCCCCCAAGAAUGCCCCACCUGCCGAGGAGAUGAUAAGCAGUGUGGGCAGCAUCCAGGAGCAGAUCAGGAAAGCGGGGUAUCUGUACAAGACCGGCAGCAAUAGGAGAGAUUUCUUACGACGAUACUGUGUUUUGGAACAUGGAACAUUCAGUUACUAUCAGGACGAGAAGACUAACCAGAGUAAGAAGCAGAUUGAAGGGACAGAGAUUGUGUAUUUAGCCAAUGCUCCUUCAAAACAAGGCCAUGAGUAUUGCUUUGAGAUCGGAACGACGAUGGAAGGAAGACUCUACCUCUUUGCUGCUGAAGAUGAAGCUGACAGGAAAAACUGGAUGUACGCCCUCGUCAAGUUCCAGACCCCAGAAUGCAUGUGGAAGGACUGUGAUGAUUAUGAGUACGCAGGAUUCUUGAGGAAGAAAGUUGGUCUAUCGACGACGGCAUGGCACAGGUUAUGGUUUCUACUAAAAGGCAAACUCCUCUCCUUCUACUCAGCGGAGAAAGAUGGCAUGGAGAUCAUUGAUCUGAGGAAAGCAAAGGAGAUCAGUCAAGACCAUGACGACGAGAGCAGUGAACAGAUCAAGGACAUUGCUAUUGUCAUUGAAGGAAGAACAAUCUACCUCCGAGCAGACAAGCAGACAAUUAGUGAUGCCUGGAUGGGUGCUCUUCAAAAGAGCUCAUCGCAAAUCGGACCUGAGUUAGAGGAUCAGCUUUUAACGGAAGAACAUAUACCUCACAUCAUCAAAGAGUGUAUUGAAUUUGUCUACAUACAUGAAGGUCUCGAACAGCAAGGCAUCUACAGACUGAGCGGAACAGCAUCCAAGAUUCAACGGGUGCGUGAGAUGUUCAGGACCAACCCGAGGGCCGUCAGGAUAAGCAGAGAAGAGUUUGAGGUGAACGAUGUGACCGGGGCGCUUAAGAAAUACUUCCGAGAGCUCCCAGACCCGGUACUCACCAAGGAGUGGUACUCUAAGUGGAUCGAGGUGGCGGAUUACACAGACCAUUCUGUCAAGCUGGAGUGGUACAAGCACAUACUGAGCUGCUUACCAAAGGUUCACUACUAUACACUCAAGACCAUCAUUGCACAUCUCAUUAGAGUGAAGGAGAAGGAACGGAUCAACAAGAUGACGGAGAAGAACCUGGCAUCAGUCUUUGGACCUACUCUCAUGGCACUUCCAGAUUCUACCUUCGGCAAUGCUGAGAAGGAGAUCGCCGUGAUCGGUGACCUUAUGACCUACUUCAUGUGGCUGUUUGACGUGAGUGAGAAGGAAUGGGCAGAGGAGGAGAAGAAGGUCAAGAAACUGACCGAGAUCCAUCAACUCUUCAAUGCCAAACCCAAGCAAUCAAAUGCAAUUGUGAUGCCCUUCUACAUCAGGAAUAAGAAUGAAGGAAACAGCAUAACCCUUCCGGUGCAAGAGUCUAUGACAGCCAAGGAGGUUGUAGAGAGCGUCGUGAAGAAGCACAACUUACCGACCCUUGAUGGGAAACCAUGGGGGUUGUUUGAGGUGAUAGAGAAUGGAGAGUUAGAGAGAAUGAUGUUUGACUAUGAGAAUGUUCUAACUGAAGUUGGAGCAUGGGAUCCAGCGUCAGCAGCAAAUAACUAUCUAUGCAUCAAACAGAACAGCUUGUUACAUAGCAUGGAAGUGUUCUUGAAGAGUGUGACUUCCAGUGCCACCAUCAAGUAUGCCGAUAGCUCCAAGAAGUUCAAGGACUACUACUUUGAGAUCCAGGCCAACACCAUGCGUUUCUGCAGGACCGGGAACAGGGCCAGCGGGAACCCCAUCAGCAAUUGGGAUAUCGUCCCUCUCAGGAUCUACAUGGGUAUUGGAGCCAAGUUCAAGAAGAGCGCCCCCUCGAGAUGGGCCAUUACAUUCCUCUCUCCUGGAGAAAAGGAUUACAAGUGUCUAUGCUUUGACUCUGAGAGUGUUCGGACCAUGUGGUUAGCAGGACUCUUCAGGUGUAAGCUGGCCGGUGCAGCAGCGUAUGCUUCCAAUCUAAGAUUUCAAGAACCAAAAAAAUCUCCCCUCUCUCAGCUCGAGCAAGCAUCGUCCAUAAGAGACAGAACAUCAAGUUUUGGAGUGUUGAGAGACAACAAAGGGCGUGGCUUUAGCUGGUCAAUUAAGCAUCGGCUACCAUCAAGCAACGAAUGACCCCACCCACCCACCCACCCACCCACUAAACUAUUUACACAAGCACGCCUUCAUACCGCUAACAGUAACAAGCAUCACCUGAUCAUCAUGCGUAAUUAAAAGAUAUCUACCAUUUUGGCCCUGAAGAGAAACAUUUUUAUAGAAACCCCAAAUGUUCUUUGAUAUACAGAUUAAGCUCAAGGUGCCGUGGAAACGACACAACUCGAUUACCGACUGAACCCGCUGCAUUCUUCUAAACUCAUCACAUGC